AUGCAGGUGCAGGUACGCUGCAGCAAGCUGAAGCUGAACGUGUCAACAGGGGAGAAGGAAGCGGACGGUCACGAGUGCUUCUCCUGUGAGGAACACCGUGCUUGUGCGGCGCUUCCGGGUGCUCGCAUGUCCAAGGAGGGCUUCGACAUUUCUGCGUAUCAGGAGCAAACUGCGUAUGCGGACAAGUUUAUCGAGGCUUACUGGUUGCCCAUCGAUUCCUUCAUUUCUGAGGCUGGGGGUGAUCCCAAGUCUUUCUUCAACAUGGCCGCGAAGAUUCAUUGGGUGGAGCAGCAUUGUGAGCAGUCGAUCAGUUGGGACGGCGGCAAGCCUGGGGUUCUGAAAGCUUUGCAUUCAGACGGUCGCAAGGGAGUGAACAUCGGCAUGCGGAAUGGAACCACAAAACGCCAGGAGGACAACGAGAUCAUGGGUGACCUGGAGGCUUGCGAGAACGUGUACGAGCAGGCCAGUUCGAGCAUGGAACGCCUGGCGGACCAGGUUUGCAACAUAGACACCGUGCGGCAGACACUUGCCCUGAAAGCAGACGAUUCAGAUGCAGCUGACAGCUUGAUUCAGGCUUUGCCAGCUCCUAGCGACAUCAAAGAGCUCCGAAUGCGUUUCGGUUUGUUCGACGCGCCUGACAAUGAUCAGGGACAAGCCGCUCUCUCGGGAUCAAAAGGAUCUGGCCGCGGCAAACCGCCGAGUAAACAUCCAACCACGUCCCGGGAUGCGGCGGGCUCCGCCAAGCGUCAACGCACCGACGGUGUGCCUCCACCUGCAGAUGGUGGCGCCCUUCCACCAGCCCCGAAUCAGACGAGGAAGACCCUUGAAACCAUGCGUAAGGCCAGAGAGGCCUUGCAGAAGCAGGACGUGACUUUUGCGGACACCUCCAUCUGGGGGAGCAAGCUUCGGAGGCGAGCGUUGGAUGCCGCUGUGAAGUCGUUGUCCACCCAUGCUGCAACGUUGCUAGCUACGAAUGACACUGAUGCCGUGAUGCUUAGCACCCAGAUCAGUGAGUGGUGCAGCAAGGCAGAAACCCGGUUCGAGGCGUUGCAGGCUGCGCGCACCAAGCCCCUUGAGGUUGCGGGCACGGCCUCCGAGGAGAUGACUGUGCACAUGGACACAUUGAAGAACAUGCAGGUCCCAAUGCUUUCGAACAUCAUUCUUCACAUUGCUGGAGAGUGUUUGAAAUCGGCUGACAAGGAGGCCACUCAGGUUCAGGGUACAGAGCGGUUCUUUGCCGUUGCGUCCUGUAAGAUGGACACUGGCCUGACAGUGGGUACCGUGUUUGCAGCUGCCCAACGGAGCGAGCAUCGUGACGCACCAGACAUGCCAGCCUCACUGGCCGCGAAUUUGCAAAGCCAGUUGGUAGCCUUGUGGUAUGACCGUAUCAUGAGAAUGAAGAAUACGGAGCGUUUCAGGCAGCUGAUCAAUGCGUGCCUCACCGCUGAACAUAGGUCACAUAGGUGCCCCGUGCCGCGGCUUGAGCUCUAUCGCGUGGCUGCGGACUGGAAACCGCCAAAGCAGGAUAUUGACAGCAGCGGCAACAAGUGCUUCACAACCAUCAUCCGUUUCGAUGUCCAGGUCUUGCGCUUGAUGUCCAUGCAGGAUUGGCAGCAGGCGUCGCCCAUCGAUGUGCUUUUGGCGAAGACAGCAGUUGACCUUCGCCCGCAGCUUUCCAUGCGGCUUCAGACCUUCAUGCGAUCCGGUACCGGCGCAGCCGGCAAGCAACUCAUCAACAAAACAAGUCAUUGGGAAAGUCAUUCGGAGCAGCUUUGGGCGCUUAUGGAGCAGGCCAGCAAGCGGGCGCUCUCCCCGGCUAGCGUGGCGGCUGAAGUGAAUGCUGCAGCAGAUGAGUUGCCUCAAGACCCCGCCACGAAGCUGGACAGAGCGAUCGCGGCGUCGGAGUCUUUGAAGGCGAUGCCGCAAGUUCCCGAAGUGUCCCCGGAGAAAGCUGCAGCCCUGAAGCAAGUCUUGCCCGUCGCAGAGCAGUUGUUUGUUUGCACAGAGGGCCUCCUAGGUGAGGUUCUUGUCGCCCACAGCUCGAUCAUGGCUGCGUUCAAGAACACCAGCCCGGAGACGUUUGCUGUUGCCGUUCGUACCAUGAACAAGCUAGCCUGUACUUCAAGGGUCGCAGAUGUGAAACUUCAAAUCGAUCGAGUCUCGGAGGGGGGCUCAAAUGAGGCCGCCAGUCAGCUUUGUACAGCUGCCCGGCAACUUGUUGAUUUGCUGGACCAGAGCCACAGAGAGGACGUCCAGGUGACUUGGUUGAAGGAGUUGCUUGGCAAGGACAUGCGUUCGGAGCUUGAGAAGUUGGAUGCCAGUGUGUUCCACAUUCUGGACACCAGGGCUGGCAAGCUCUGGCGCUCUAUCCAGAUCGCGCAGGAAGCCGCCCGCGAUGAGGCUGAAAGCGAUGAAGCGAUGCUCUCAAAUCUGCCAGGCAUUCUGGAGCUCGAGAAGGAAGCGGUUAUCAAAGCGGCGCUUCAUUUCACACAGAUGCACACGAUUGAUUUGGAGGAAAUCUCUGAGGCCGGGUGGCGCGGUGUUCAGAAGUACCAGGAUCGUGCCAAGGCGAAAAUGACAUGGAUUCUGAAAGGCUUGACAACCGAGAUGUGCAAGGCGAAGGAUGACGUCAAGAAGUAUUCCGAGGAGUACAAAGGCAUCCUCUCUUGUGUGGAGACAUGGGACGACGAGAAAAUCAAGGCCGUCCUUGCAAAGGUGCCUGAGGCAUCUAAUGCCAAAGCAUCCAUGGACAGCAUGCUCGACGGUUUCGGGCUCGGCUGUUGA